AUGGUGCUGAAGUAUCUACCAUUCUUGCUGGUUUCGAUUGCGCAAAUAGUCUACGGUGUAGACGAUGUAUUACGGGAAAUGCACGGGUUUCCGUGUCGAUUCGGGAGUACGAUGAGACUAUCUCGUGCCCUCCACGGCCUGCCACAGCGAACGAAGCCACCUUUCGAGUUCAAGUUCUUGGACAAAAACAGCCGCCCAGCUCAUUACUAUCGACCCGGCGAGAAGUAUCUGGUCAGGGUCAACAGCUUUGUUCAUCUGCGAGGGCUUCUGCUGCAGCCACGACUUGCCCAUCCAACUGGGUACACGAUUGGGUCGCUGAAGGGUGGCCAUUUCGAGCCGACGCGCGACUGGAAGGAGUUUGGGCUGAGAUUCCAGAACUGCUCGUUUAAUCGAGGCGAUUCGGUUACGCAUGCGAAUAGCGAGAAGAAAUUUUUGUUUGAGGUGUAUUGGGUGCCGGAUUAUGAUGUUGGGGAUGUGCAGUUUAUGCUGACCUUAGCCACCGAGAAUGAUCUAUUCUGGGAACGCUGGCGCCCGCGAAGCGGCUUCAUCUCCCCAAUCUCAAAAAGCCACGAGCGCUCACAAGUCAACGAGCGGCUAUUUGUUGAGGAAACUGUUGAAGACGGCAAAAGUAUGCACAUUCACUCGACUCCACCAGUUAAUACCGACUCCAUAAACGAAAAUAUGUUGUCAAGAGUCAAGAAAUGGGAACGAGGAGCGGAGGGGAACGCUGUUGAAGCCAGCUCGAAGAGCUCGGAGAUGAUCUCGGCUGUGACAGCGCCAAGCUGGGAGAAGCUUAGGAAUGGAACCCCCUUGACCGACCACUGGUUGAGCACGACCGAGAAAACGGAGCGUGAAGCCAUCGCAUCGACGUUGAGCACGAAAUACCCGGGCGGGCUGCGGAAACGGCAGUAUCCCGCUCAAUUACAGCUAGACGAUGCGGAUCUCCGCUUUCUGAGCGCCAACUUACACUCGAAGAAAGUGGCCAGAUCACGGCGGGACGUCACCAACAUUACACUUGACUCGGCAUAUGAUUGUAAAACCACCGGAUGCGCGAAUGAGGGAAUUUGCGAGGAACUCGUCAACUUUGCGCAAUGCAAAUGCCCCGAGGGCUUUACGGGGCGAAGGUGUGAAGAAGUGGAUUACUGUACCUCAAACCCUUGUGAGCGAGGUGUUUGCCUCAACGAUGCGGCCAAGCAGACGUUCACCUGCCAAUGUGACGAUGGAUAUGUGGGCAGUCGAUGCGAGACGCGCUGUCCGCGGGAGUUGUGCAAGCAGGGCGGAAACUGUACGCUACUGGCCAAUGGACAGCUGGGAUGUGUCUGCCCUAAAGGGACGGCGGGCUUCAACUGCGAGCGAGAAAUUAACGAAUGCAAUUGGCUCCGUUGCCAACAGGCCAAGACGUGCAUUGAUAAAUUUAACGACUACAAAUGUAUUUGUGAGGAUGGGUGGAUGGGCAAAGAUUGUGACCGCCCCUGCCAAGACGUCUACGGUACUUGUCGAAUUUGGGAGCGGGAUGGGGAAUGUUUGCGGACUGCGGAAACUGAUUUCUUUGAGUAUAAUUGUGCCGUUACUUGUAAACAAUGCGUCUACAAGAAUGAAACAGUAAAAACGAACCGCCCAAUCCCUCAUAUUCUACUUCCAUUGACGUGGGUGCUUGGCAAGUGGCGAUUGGUCGUUAAAGGAAAAGCCGAUCUUCCCUUCGAUUUUGAAUCGCCAGGCUAUGAAGAAAUCGUCACGUUUUCCGUCGCUGAAGGCCUGGUUUUUGGGACUCCAGCAAUAAACUUCAGUAGCGUCGCGACGUCCCUCAACGACCCGACCGAUCAGCAUGUCUCCAAUGGGUUCUUAACCAUCCAGCAAUACCCCGAUGACAUUGUCAUCAGGAAGGCAGCGUUGAUGUCGACGUCGAAUCUAGGGUACCACGCGAUCGAAGAAGGCGAGCUGGAAGGAGGGGAAAAUGGACAUCACAAGAUUCAAUUUAAGAGUCGCUAUUUAAAAGUGCACCCGGCUCUGGAGGAGAUGUGGCCGGAUAAGACAAAACGCACAUUCGAGCGAAAGGGGAAAAAGCUCUACCAGCGCAUCGCCAAGGUCAAGGGCGCCAGGGGCAAAAAGUUUACAAAGAUCUACACCCGGAUACAGGAAUUUUUAUAU